GUGUUCACUGGAAUGCACAAAGAUCCUGGCACCUUGAAGAGGUUGAACGAGGAGCUUAUCAUGUCGUUGUUCAUCGGUGGGUGCAAGGGGGCAGCUAUUAGUAUCGCUUCCUCCAUCUUUAUGAGAUGGAGGUAUCCAACUUUCCGUAAUGCCCGGUUCCAGGUGCACUUGGCCUGGCAUGUGGCCUGGAUCGGCGCCGCCUCCGUGUGGGUGGCUGAGUCUCACUUGAUUAAGUUUGAGGAGCAGGUUCAAAGAGAGCAUUUGAUCAAUCGGAAGAAGUACCUAGACCAAUGUGCCGAGGAGGGGAGAUUCAUCGAGGAGUAAUCCAUAUAUACCACCAGUACCCGGGGAAAAUAUCCAGCAUUCUACAAAGGUAUUUGCUCGUUUAGCUAUUACGUGUAUUCCACUCUAACACAGGGAUAUCGUUGGGAGAAACCGAAGGUUUCCUACCAGACAAAUACAAACGUUCAUCGUAAUCUUAGCCUUAAUUUGUAGCUCGUAUGGGUAGUCAUUAGUCACUCAUAUUAGUUUAUUUCCAUCGCAUAGCUUUCUGGUCGACACUCACUUUCAUGGCCUGCUUAUCGGAUAACGGUCCUUUCGACACUGCUCACCUUUUCUAUCAAGUCAUUCAUCUUCAAAUCCAAGUUCCGUUCUAAUUCGUUGUAUUGGUCAUCAUCUAAUUUCAACUGCCCGAGGAUCCAGUUUUCCUUUAAGGUUCGUGUCACUGUCAACAACUCUUCGGCCAAUCGUAUGAUCGUGGCAGCGUUACUCUCAAUCUGUAAAAUCUCCACUGCCAAGGUUUCUUUUGGCUUCCCUUCAAC